CCUGCCAAAUUGUGCCCUCUACAUUCUCUCCAUCUGGUUUUUCGAGCUCCAUCACCAGCUUAUCAUACUCCAGCUCUUCCACCUCUACUCUAUAUGGCCAUGGCCUCACUUCACCGUCCCAUGUCCCUCCCUCUUCUCCUGCUCUUUCUUCUGAUCUCUGGACACUUGGGAUUGGAUGCGGAAGCUCGAAAUCUGCAGAAUCCGACGAAACUGUUCGUCUUUGGGGACUCAUAUGCGGAUACCGGCAACGUCAGGAGAGAUGUGGCCGGUUCCUGGAAACAGCCAUAUGGAAUUACUUUUCCCGGUAAACCCGCUGGCCGUUUCUCCGACGGCAGAGUCCUCACUGAUUUUCUCGCUAAGUAUUUUGGGGUGAGAUCGCCGGCACCUUACAGACUGAGAAAUCUGAUGCCCCAAUAUGUGAAAUACGGGAUGAACUUUGCGUAUGGUGGCACGGGUGUUUUCAAUACCUCUUCUCCAAACCCAAAUAUGACUGUCCAGAUCGAUUUCUUCGAAGAGCUCAUCAGAGACAAAGUGUACACCUUCGCUGACCUCUGCAACUCCGUCGCUCUGGUCUCCGUCGCCGGCAACGACUACAGUUUUUAUCUCGCCACGAAUGGCACUGCCGAGGGGGCGCCGGCGUUUAUUGCGUCGGUGGUGAACCAGACGGUGAAAAAUGUAGCUCGAAUCCAUGGAUUGGGAGUGAAGAAAAUUGCAGUGAGCGGUCUGCAACCCCUCGGGUGCCUCCCGCAGACAACAGCUUCAUCGUCAUUCCAGCAGUGCAACUCCACCUUCAACACCUUCGCCACCCUUCACAACACCCUCUUGGGCCAAGGGCUGGCGAAACUGAAGGAAGAAGCCAACGACAAUUCCAGCUUUGUCGUUCUUGACCUUUUCGACAGUUUCAUGUCGGUACUGAACCACCCCUCCACCCAUAACAUACAGAACCAGUUCAAGCCUUGCUGCGUUGGGGUGAGCAGCCAAUACUCCUGCGGAAGCGUGGACGACAAGACCAUGGCCAAGAAAUACACAGUGUGUGAGGAUCCUAAGUCCGCUUUCUUUUGGGACUGGGUGCACCCAACGCAAGCUGGGUGGCAUGCCGUUUAUAACAACUUGCUCACCACUAAUGCCCUUCAACAACUUCAAUAGUAAUGAGCAAGUCUAUGUUAUUUUGCUGUCAUAUUCAUCGGUUCUUCUGUUUGUCUGUAAUAUUAAUAAUAUGGCCCUUCCAAUAGUUUAAUUGUUCCUUA